AUGACGAACGCCAGGCUUAGUGAUAGGGAGCUGGCAAACAUCAACGCCGCUGCGGUGACGAGGGAGUAUCGCAUUAAGCCUCAUCUCGUGGUUCUGGAUAAUGUCAAGUUCCCUUCAUACAAUGAGAUUGUGCAGCUAACGCUCCCGGACGGGACGAAGCGUGGCGGGCAGGUGCUCGAGGUGCAGGGCAAGAAGGCGAUUGUGCAGGUGUUCGAGGGCACGUCGGGCGUUGAUGUCAAAGCGACGCACGUUGAGUUCACAGGCGCUAGCAUGAAGCUCCCCGUUGCAGAGGACAUGUUGGGCCGUAUCUUCAACGGCUCCGGAAACCCUAUCGACAACGGACCGAAAGUGUUCGCAGAGGAUUAUCUUGAUAUCAAUGGGUCUCCAAUUAACCCUUAUUCCCGCAUCUAUCCUGAGGAAAUGAUCCAAACGGGUAUCUCGACUAUCGACACUAUGAACUCAAUCGCGCGUGGACAGAAGAUCCCCAUCUUCUCAGCUGCUGGUCUGCCCCAUAACGAGGCAACUGGCUUGGUCAAGCGACCGACCAAAGACGUACAUGAUGGGCACGAAGACAAUUUCUCGGUCGUCUUCGCUGCGAUGGGUGUGAACAUGGAGACAGCGCGCUUCUUCAAGGAGGACUUUGAGUCGAACGGCAGUCUUGAUAGGGUCACGCUGUUCUUGAACUUGGCCAAUGACCCAACAAUUGAGAGAAUCAUCACCCCCCGUUUGGCGCUGACAACAGCAGAGUAUUAUGCAUACCAGCUCGAGAAGCAUGUGUUGGUUAUUUUGACGGAUAUGAGUUCGUAUGCCGAUGCGUUGCGUGAGGUCUCAGCGGCUCGUGAAGAAGUCCCAGGUCGUCGUGGAUAUCCGGGAUACAUGUACACGGACUUGUCGACUAUCUAUGAACGUGCUGGACGUGUCCAAGGCCGAAACGGGUCAAUCACCCAGAUUCCGAUCCUGACGAUGCCUAAUGACGAUAUCACACACCCUAUUCCUGAUCUGACGGGCUAUAUUACGGAGGGUCAGAUCUUUGUUGACAGGCAAUUGUAUAACAGGCAGAUAUACCCUCCGAUCAAUGUGCUUCCGUCGUUGUCGCGUCUCAUGAAGAGCGCCAUCGGAGAGAAGCUGACGAGGAAGGACCAUGGUGAUGUGUCUAACCAGCUGUACGCCAAGUAUGCCAUUGGUCGCGACGCAGCGGCGAUGAAGGCUGUCGUUGGUGAAGAGGCACUGUCGGCAGAAGACAAACUAGCGUUGGAGUUCUUGGACAAGUUUGAGCACCAGUUUGUCGGCCAGGGCGCAUAUGAGUCGCGCACCAUCUUUGAGUCGCUGGAUUUGGCAUGGUCGCUCCUGCGCAUCUUCCCUAAGGAACAGCUGAAUCGGAUCAACCCUAAGAUCAUAGCAGAAUUCUACGGCCGAAAGCCGUCUGGAUCAGCCAGAAAAGGGCCAACCGACGGUGCCGAGGCUGGUGCUGAAGAAGACGAGGAAGAGAAGUUGAUUCAGAUAUGA